AUGUGCAACACAAUUUUGAAGCUGAUUGAAACAUGGGGACACGACAGCUCAGUUGUGAACUUUCAGCUUUCAAUCUCGCAGCCAACACCCCAGGCAGCGAUUCAUAUGACCCAUGCCAUUAUCUCAAAGUCAGAACAGUGGUGGUGUGGCCAAGCGGUGGUGUUCUUUGUCGUUGGGUCCUUCUUCACUCAUACCGUCAUCUUCAUCUCUUUACUCGAUACAAACCCUGCACCAUCAAUCGCGCAAUUCGUCCCAUGGCUGUCGGCCAUUCCUUUCGAGGUAGCAAUUCUCUCCACUUCAGUCUCGAUUUAUUCUCAUACCCACCACGAACCUACAAUUGAAGAUCCGUUUGGCGGAAAACUGCGCACGAAAAUCACAUUCUGGGAGGCAUUGGAGAUUUCCGCAGGCUCUGUCCGGAUUUUUGUUCUCGCACUGCUGGUCGCAUCCUACACUUUCAGAUCUGCCCGCAAACAUCGCACCUUCAAAGAGGCCGAAGAAGCUGAUACUGGAGAGACAACCAAUCUACUAGAUUCAAGGGGUAAUGCCAACUCGGAUGACAGUGAUGCGUUGACCGAUGGUCAACAGACCCCUGAAGUAGAAGCGUGGCGAGCGGUAAAUAUCCUGGUUCCAUACCAAGUGGGAGUGAUCGCAGACUCGUUAUCCGCCAGCGAUGGAACUCUGAGAGUGCCUUGGAUGCCUAUCUUGAGCCAAUACGCAUACAUGGAGUUGUCAACCGCUGCAUUUGAGCAUGUUCAUAACCUUGGACUGGACUUUCACCUGGGUAAAAAGAUGGGCGAGGUUCUCUCAGCUCUCACCAAAGGCAGCUCAAUUAACACUUUCCUUGAGCAAGUUACAUUUCAAGUGCUGCCCAUGUUCAUUGAUCUGGCCAUCGCCAUCGGAUACUUCCUAGUCGUAUUUGACGUGUAUUAUGCGUUAGCUGUUGCUAUCAUGACAUUCUUCUACCUCUAUUCAACCGUCAAGAUCGCCUCUUGGAGAGCCAAUAUGCGACGCCAAAUGGUGAACGCUUCUAGGCAGGAAGACGCUGUCAAAAAUGAUUCUCUGGUGUCUUACGAAACUGUCAAAUAUUUCAACGCAGAGGAAUACGAGUUCAAUCGCUAUCGAGGGGCGGUCUCGGACUACCUCCGGGCGGAAUGGCAUUCCCUCUUCGCACAGAACCUGAUGAAUAUUUUCCAAAAUGUCAUCUUCAUGCUUGGCCUUCUAAUUACCUGUUUUAUUUGUGCCUACCAAGUCGCUCGCGGUCAACGUGCAGUUGGCCAGUUCGUGACUCUCCUGACCUACAUGGCCCAACUCCAAGCCCCAUUGAACAUCUUCGGAACCUUCUACCGAUAUAUUCAAUCUGCGUUGAUCAACGCAGAGCGUCUACUCGAGCUGUUCCGCGUCCAGCCAUCGGUGGUGGAUGCACCGUCUGCAACACCGCUAGCAGUCUGUCACGGCCGAGUCACAUUUAACGAUAUCCAAUUCUCGUAUGACACACGAAAGCCUGCUCUCGACGGAUUGACCUUUGACUGUAAGCCGGGUACAACCACUGCUCUGGUGGGAGAAUCUGGCGGAGGAAAAUCGACAAUCUUCCGCUUGCUCUACAGGUUCUACAAUCCGAACGGUGGAAGCAUUCUCAUUGACGGACACGACACCCAGACCUUGACAAUUGACUCCGUGCGAAGACACAUUGGUAUUGUACCACAAGACACAGUUCUAUUCAACGAAACGAUCAUGUACAACCUCAAAUAUGCCAACCAAGACGCCACUGAUGAGGAAGUCUAUGAAGCCUGUCGCGCAGCCAGUGUACACGAGAAGAUCAUGGCCUUCCCUGAUGGUUACGAAACCAAAGUGGGAGACCGUGGAUUGCGACUGAGUGGUGGUGAGAAACAGCGUGUUGCCAUUGCCCGAACCAUUAUCAAGAAACCUCAGAUUAUCCUGCUUGACGAGGCAACGGCCGCAUUGGACUCCGAGACGGAGCAGAACAUCCAAGAAGCACUAUCCGUCUUGUCCCGUGGGCGCACUGUGCUAGUCAUUGCCCAUCGACUGAGCACCAUCACCGCUGCUGAUAACAUUGUUGUAUUGCACGAAGGUCGUGUGGCAGAGAGUGGGACUCAUGAGCAGCUUCUGGCUUCUCACGGUCGAUAUACAACUAUGUGGCAAAAGCAAAUUCGUGCGCAGACUGAAUCUGUGGGCUUGGAGGCCUUGUCAGGCAAGAUAUAG